GUCUGUGCGCACUUGGACGCGAGGUUUGAAAAGUUGGAAGCCAUUCUUCUGAGGCCUUUGAUGUUAGAUGCCGGAUCGUUCCUGACGGGCAAUUCGAAUGUGGACCCGGAGCUAAACACCACCGGCUCGUUUGGCCGCGUCCUGACGGCGGAGAGCAUAGAAAGGGAGUCUUUGGGGGAGGCGGACAACAGCUCGCCGAUGGCCGUGCGUCCCCGCUACAGCCGGGAG